GUCACUGUCAGCUGUCAGUUUAUAGAAUCGACUAUGAAAAAUAUUGAUUAAAGUUCUGAUUAAAGUGGAGUAGUAGGUUUCUUACAUAAAUACGUUUUGUUUGAUUACAAAGUACUUAUCAAUUGUUACAUAUUUCAUUUGUAGUUUAAAAUAAAUGAUAGAAUUUACAAAUGCAUUAUUUAUUAUAAGAUAAUGAGAAGUUUAUUGUUAGAGCUUGUUUGUGAAAAAGUAUUAUAGUUUUGCUGUAUUUUACGUUUAUUGGAAAGGUUGAAAAGCUCAAUAUGAAGGCGAUAUUAAUUUUUGAUAGUGUUAAUGAUCUUUUGUAUUCCAAAUGGGAUGAAAACUUUAUUGGACGUAUGAAAAGCUUCGGACAGGAUAAUGAAGACAAUUUGAGUGAUAACAUCAAUGUGUCUCAACUGCUGGCACCCAUUAUUACAUCCCAGCGUGUGAUGGCAGCACAGUUUGGCAACACAUAUUCAUCUAUUCAGUGUAAAGAUGACACAAUAAUUGUUUUUGAUGAGUGGCUUGAUCAUGUGUUUAUGAUAGUAAGUGAGGACAAACUGGAUGAUGCUCACAGAGAGCUUCUUGACUGCAAAACAUUUGUUCAGCAUAUUUGUGGACAAAACAUCAACCUGUUGCAUUCACCUAUUUAUAAACAAUGGCUCUCAGAGUUAAUUGACUCUCGCACGAAAGGCGAUUCUAUCCCUGGUGCAAAUGGUGUCAUUGGUGAGAGUGGCGCCACGGCUGCAGCACUAAAUGCACUUAAAGCCGCCAUGAAAGAUAUCAAAUUACCAUACCAGCAUUACCACCUCAUGCUUUUUGUUGGUGAUAAGUUGCUUGCACUGUAUUCCAGCCGCGGUAGUGAAGAUUUGACUCCUGCAGAUUUAAUACUGCUGAGUAUACAGUGUGUUGCGGCGCAAGAAUAUUGGAAAGAAUUUGAGACGGACGAUAACAUUGGUGAUUUUGUAAAACUGCCAUGGCUGUCAACGGAAAACAGUGCCAUUGUGAAUCUGUGCGCAGGACCGUCUUAUAGUCCGUGCGCGCCUCACUCCAUGCACAUUGCUGAAGUGGCGCCCCGUAUUACAUUUGCUGUGAUCGUCGAUAUGGAUUUAAGGGAAGUUGGUAUUGCGAUUCACAUGUCUAACCAAAUAUUGUCAAACCUUAGACGCCUUUUGCUGCAGAGAAAUUUGGAGGUACUACCAAGUACGCUAGAUAAUUUGGAAGCUUCUUUGAAAAAGACUACGGACGCUCUUCGUAAAAACAAGACAAAUGCAAAUCUGUGUGCUCGGUUAACAAGUCGAAUGUUGGAAUUGCGUAAGUCAUGUACAACCACGACUCCAUUGACGCCCGAAACAACUGCGACAGCCAUGCACACAGCUUUAGAAGCAGGCGUUGAACAACUAAAACCAGACAUACCAAGUCUUAAGAUGGACCAACCGUUAAAAGAUUUAAAAGGAAUACUCGGCCCUUAUGUGGAGUUUCUUCGAGUCAAAGCAAUGAGAUACUUUAGCCUCGGAUCGGGCGAGACGGAUGUGAGUUGUUCCCUAACGCUGCACAAGUAUGUGGAGGAGUUCCCUGGACUGAUACACUUCAUAUACGUGGACCGCACCACGGGAAGAUUUCUUGCGCCCGAUAUGGCCGACUGUGCGGACAUGUUGUCCCCAGAUAUGGUGCGGCACACGGUGUGGCGCGCGCUGGGCGUGUGGCGCGAGGGGUACGGCGCGGCCACGUGGCGGCGCGGCGCGCUGCACGCGUGCGCGGUGUGGGAGCGGCGCGGCGGCCGGCCCGCGCGCCCCCCCCGCCACCCGCACCCCGCCGCGCUGCGCGCGCUGCCCCCGCCCGGGGACAUUACAUCCGCGUUUUACAGGCAACUACUGGAGCAAACUUUCCCGAACGACACUCAAGGCGUGAGUAUCAAAGAGCUGAUAUGUAUCCACUUAGGCCUCCUGCCGGCGUCUACCGCGGUGCAGCAAGCGCGCCGGCUCGCGCACACGGUGCACGAACUGGCGGACAACCCCGCAGUUGCAGCCGACUUACUUUAAAUAAUACCACUUUGACAAAAUAAUAUGCUACAUUCCAUAUAUCGAUAAUUUCAUCUACGAAGAAGUGCCCCUCUACUUUCUCUAACCGCACACAGUAUACGUGACCAGUGAGAGUGUACACGCAUUUACGAACAUGUGCCUAUUUUAUUGCAGAUUUUUUUAAAAUAAAACUAAAACCGCCUUCAAAAACCACUAAAGAGAAAAAAACUUUUAUGUACUAAGAAACUUUUUAUAAACUAGCCAUCUAAUUUUCUUUGUAGGUCGUGUCUUAUGUUCAUAUUAUGCACAUUAAAUAUUUUUUUUUAAAUAUGUCUUUAAUUGAAAUAAUAAAUAUUUGGUGGUUUUUAAUGGCGGUUUUGUUUUUUGCUUUUUUGGUAGUAAAAAAUAAACACAAUAAAAGCAAUAUAAAAUAAAUCAUCAAUAUCCUAUUCGGUUUCGUCGAGUUCUUUUCUAUAUCGUCUAUAAUUUUAAGAUCCCACACCUGCCAAUGAAAUUAAAAUGGUGCCAAUUAGGAGCAAAAUUACUUAAAAACCUACAUGUAGCCAUACAUUGAAUGUGCUCCAAACUGAAGUCUGUUUAAAAAUACAAUAAAUAAUUUUAAAAAAUAGUACUAGAGCAACUUACAUGGCGAACAAUCGAUUUGCGCAACCGCUGACGGCACGGGAUAAUACCGGGCUUGGGUAAUACACCUUGGCCCGCUACACCGCCGUUAAAAAAGUAAUAGGGUGCGUCUUCGUUGAUGAUUACUGAUAUAGGUCAUUAUCAGUAUACAUAACAUUCUAUUUUAUAGAUAUAUUAUUACACAUUCCAAAUAAGUUUAUAUUAAGUAUAGGACAUGUAAUAAUUUAUUAAGAAAUAAUUUAAUAGGGCUCUUUUUCUAUACAAAUAUUUUUAUUGUGUAUUCAUUAUUGUAAUGUAUGCAUUUGUGCCAUGAUUUGUUUUGGUUAAUUAAAGAUAAUUUGUUAGGA